AUCGUUGAAUUUGAAGUCGCUAACAGAACAACAGUAUGGCGUACAGCGAGGACCAGAUACUUUCCUUUUAAUUGUAUUUAGGCAUGAAUGGUUUUGACCGAACAAGAAAAGUUUGAAUGUCAAGACCCGGGCAGAGGAACUAAGCUUUCCAACUACAGUGAGCGCGAGAAGUUAGGGAAAUGAAUGAGGUUGCUUCAGGUCUUACAUAAAAACAUGUAACGUGAAAUUGCACUCGGACCUUUGCUCUACAGAACGUUACUCCCAGGAAACCGUCAUUUUGCCUUUAAGGUCUUUUAAAGUCUGAAACCCUCCGAUGAAGGGUUUGAGUUGCCAACAAUGUUUUGCUAACUAGAAGUACAGACCUCCUAACGUUACUUGCUGUCAUUUGGAGAGGCGGACCGUCGUUGUCAGCCAAACAAGAGGAGAGAAUGUCUACUUCCUCAGUCGUGAAUGACUGGUUUAUUCAGCAAAGCUAGGUAGGUAAUACACGGGAAAUGGGCAUUACAGUGCUGUAAUACAGAAUCCGAAUAUAUAGCGGUAAAAAAAAAAAAAUGGGAAGUCUACAUACAAACUAUUUUGACAUUUUAGCGGUCACCAGUUUGGUACGUGUUCUAUUCGGUCACCAGCUUGGUGCGUAUUCUAUUCGGCUCUCGCGGAAUAAGGCCUAACCAGAUCCUCUUGGAAAACGACACGAGUCUUUCACGAUGGCACAUGUAACGUUAUAGUCUGAAGUCUUUUUGUGAGAAGGAUUGUUUUUGUCCAAAUAUAUCAGUUAACUUUUGAACACAGUUUGCUAUAUGUAAUAUUCCGAGAUUAAUAUGGAUACGGUAAUCCAAGCUCACCAGUCGGCGCAGUUUGUCCACCCGGUAUACAACCCUGGAGCAGCGGGUAUAUGCCCUGAAAUGCUCGAGGUGGCAGAGGAAGCAAACCGGGCAGGUGACUACGACCUUGCCGCGGAGAUCUAUAGUUCUCAGCUGGCGGACCUCCAGCAACCAGACCGGGGCCUCUGUUUGCGCAAAGCCGACGCUUUGGCCCAGACCGGGCGGAUAGCGGAGGCGCUUGACUCAUACUGCAUCGCGGCCAACAUUUGCGAACUUCGGCCAGGCGAAUUACAGCUUCUGGUUGAAAACAUAGCACGGACUCUUAGGGAGAAGGAGCUAAACAUUAAUGCGAAGUCAACGAGUUGUCAUAAUAGGGGGAAUGGAAACGAUAGGGUUGAGGCCGAUGGGGCGUUUGAGGAAGAACCCCUGGACUUGUUUUCAUGCCGCCUUUGUAGGUGUUUACUGUCAGAACCAACCACCUUGGAGUGCGGCCAUACGUUUUGCAAACAUUGUUUAGAAGAAGAAACUGUCAAAGACUGCAUACAAUGCAAACAUAAACUGAACAAAAAAGACGGACAGAUCCUGACCAUUGGGUUUAGAGUAAAUGUCAUCCUCAGUAGUUUGUUGGAUAAAUGUUUCGACGCUGAAAGUAAAGCCAGGAGGCAUUGGAUAGAAGGUGAGGUCUCACGAAAGAAGCACGACUACACUGAUGCCUUGGAGAAGUACAACAAAGCCGUAGAACUGGCGCCAUCUAUAGGUCGGCUACUGGGACAGCGUGCUGAGCUGCACAUGGACAGUAGGAAUUACAGCCAGGCCAUCCAGGAUGCAGAGAGCAUGUGCAGACUCAAACCUCUCUGGCCAAAGGCCCACUACAUCAAGGCCUCAGCCCUGAGUAAAGCCAACUGCAACGAUGAGGCCUUAAAGGAGUACUUCAUGUGUGUGGCGCUCAAGCCUGAUUGGACGACGGUGAAGCUCGAAGCUCAGAAGGUGCUUAGUGAGCUGUGUUUGAGAAGGACGGUCAGCCCACUCCCCUACAUCCCCAACAGGGUGGUCCCUCCACUCGCCUCAAGCCCACCACCCUGCUCAGCUCUCUACACCCCCUCACCACCCCUAAGAGGCCUGGCUGCUCCUCACAGGUCAGACCCAGCGUUCAGUGUGAGUAAGAGUUCUCCUUGCGAGGGUCCCUCCGACUUCUCCAAACACCACCUGUCCCCCAGCAGUGAAGCUGUGAAGCCUCUGCUAGAAGACGUCAAGAGUCUGGCCAGUGUCCUGGCUGCCCUGCCUGCCCCCCCAGGAGGCCUCAAGAGGAGACAUAGUGGGGACAGCCCAGCCUUCAACCCCCCCUCCAAACUGCCCAGACCAGAUCAAGCCUGCUCCUCCUCUCACCCUCCUGCUACCUCCCCCGGGGGGAGGAUGGUGGCUGCAGACCUGCUCGACAGUAGAGAUAUGGAGUGCUCCCUCUGUAUGAGGCUGUUCUAUGAGCCCGUCGCCACCCCCUGUGGACACACCUUCUGCCUCAAGUGUCUGGAGCGCUGUCUGGACCACAACCCCAAUUGCCCUCUCUGCAAAGAGAACCUCUCAGAGUAUCUGGCCACUAGAGGGUACAACAAGACCCUGCUGAUGGAGGAGGUGCUGCAGCGUUACCUGGGAGACGAGCUGGUGGAGAGGAAGAAAAUCCACGAGGAGGAGAUGAAGGAACUGUCCAACUUGAACCAGGAAGUUCCGAUCUUUGUGUGCACCAUGGCCUUCCCCACCAUCCCCUGUCCGCUGCAUGUCUUCGAACCGUGCUACCGCCUCAUGAUUCGUCGCUCCAUGGAGACCGGAACCAAACAGUUUGGCAUGUGCAUCGCUGACGAGUUGAAGGGUUUCGCUGACUAUGGCUGCAUGCUGGAGGUCCGGGACGUAAAGUUCUUUCCCGAUGGGAGGUCUGUGGUCGACACCAUCGGAGUGUCCCGCUUCAAAGUGCUGAGCCACGGCCAGAGAGACGGAUACAACACGGCCAAGAUAGAGUACCUGGAGGAUAGGAAGGUGGAGGGCCAGGAGCUAGCAGAGCUGCAGAAGCUUUAUGUCUCUGUGUACGACCAGGCCAGCGGCUGGUUCACCUCCCUCAAAGACGACAUGAAGAGCCAGAUAAUCAGCCACUUUGGACACCUGCCUGGGAAGGACCCUGACCCACAGGGUAAUCCCAGUGGUCCAGCGUGGGCUUGGUGGCUGUUGGCUGUACUGCCUCUGGACAACCGUGCCCAGCUCACCAUCCUGGCCAUGCCCUCCCUCAAGGACCGCCUCAUCGCCAUCCGCAGGGUCCUUAUCUUCGUCACGCGCAAGAGACCCCGAUGACCGCUCAACCGCCACCACAACCGCUAGGACCAUGCAUGGUCAUUUACUCGUUCAUUAACCCCACUCAUCAGCUUUAAUAUGAGGGCAAUGCCUUUGACUCCCUUACAAACGUAGCUCUCUGAAUCUGUAGAAGACAUUGGGUUUGACUGUAGGGGGUGGGAUAGGGAGGUCAUCGGUUCUGGCUGUCCAUCCAUCCACCCUCCUACCUAUCCAUCUCCAGUUCAGCUGUGUCCGCUGUCACGGUCUGUCACAAGAACUCACAGGAACUAUGAACUUUGUCAUGCUAUCUCUCAGCUUCCUCUGUCCCCACUCUCUGGGAGGGAAUAAGAGAGCGCGAUAAUUAAACUGGUGACUGUCAUGAUGCACCAGAACUAAGCUGACCACAUAACUGUGUCGAGUCCAUGAUGGUGUGACUUAUCCAUUUUUCUUCACAUUGUACAUUUUAGUAUACAACAAAUAUUUUAGAAAGACCUGACACGUACCAAAAAAUAUUUUGUAUGACUGAAAAAUAACACAAUACCGAAUGUAUUGGGUUGUCUUUAGUUUGGAUUUCGUUAUGUUUCUGUUCAAUCCCUGCCGACUAUGGUGAGAGACACAUGUAAGACCCAGAGAGAUAGAAACCACCAAAUGGAGUAGAAGGUGUACAUAUGUACACCUUCUGUAAGUCGCUCUGGAUAAGAGCGUCUGCUAAAUGACUAAAAUAAAAUAAAAAUAAAAAAUA